UUGGAGAAAAAUAGAAAAGGAAAUAAAAGAAAAUUAGGAGGCUGAGUUUGCCCUAAAAACCCACCCUCUAUGCGCUGGUUGCUUGUAUAAAAGCAAUGCUCGCACCCAUGUUAUUCCACAAUCUCUCACGCGCACCGCACGCUACACAACCAUAAACCUAAUCUUCUCUUUUCUCCAGCCUCUCCUUCUCCUUCUUUACGUUCUUAGGAAUUUGGCAGUUCACUCUGCUUCAACUGCAGUUCAUCAAAAGUGGAGCUCGUUAAGUUUGAAGCUUCUUUUAUGUCUGAAAGGGCCUCUCUGUUUUUGUCAUCAAUUGGAUUACUUGGAGAAUACUGUCCUACGUCUAGAAAAAAGUACAGAGGUUCUUCAGCUAAAGUUGCCUGCAUGCGUCUUGGGUUAUUUCAGGGCCAUAGUGAAGACAAUAUAGGUUGCCAGUUUAUGCGGCCUUUUCCAUUUGCUACGAACCUGUCUUCUGAAGGAGCAUUUUCAAAUUACCAAAGAGAAUAUUGCUGCUGACUUUUGUCCCUAUUGAUUAGCUUGAUACUGGUCUUUCAUCAGUAAUCACAAGAUGGCGUUGCAAAAUAUUGGUGCUUCCAACAGUGAUGAUGCCUUUUAUAGGUAUAAGAUGCCAAAAAUGAUAACCAAGAUUGAGGGUAGGGGAAAUGGCAUCAAAACUAACGUGGUUAACAUGGUUGAUAUUGCAAAGGCCUUGGCUAGACCUGCUGCCUACACCACAAAAUAUUUUGGUAAUGAGCUCGGAGCACAAUCCAAAUUUGAUGAGAAGACUGGAACUUCACUUGUAAAUGGAGCUCAUGAUACUCCAAAGCUUGCUGGGCUACUCGAGAACUUUAUCAAGAAGUAUGUUCAGUGCUAUGGUUGUGGGAACCCUGAAACUGAGAUAGUGAUUACGAAGACACAGAUGAUCAAUCUGAAGUGUGCUGCUUGUGGGUUUGUCUCUGAUGUUGAUAUGAGGGACAAGCUCACAACAUUUAUUCUCAAGAACCCGCCUGAGCCUAAAAAGGGAGCCAAAGACAAGAAGGCUAUGAGAAGGGCUGAGAAGGAACGGCUUAAAGAGGGUGAAUUUGCUGAUGAGGAGCAGAAAAAGCACAAAAAGGAAACAAUAAAGAAGAAAGGUCCCACUGUCAGUUCUAAAGAUAUCACAAAAGGCACUUCUUCCAGGAAGAAGGGCAAUGGCUCAGAUGAGGAUCACUCCCCAACUCGUAGCCUGCCCGAUGAAAAUGACCAAUUGACAGCUGAUGAUGAUGAAGAUGAUGGUGAUGUCCAAUGGCAAACAGAUACUUCAUUGGAGGCAGCUAAACAACGCAUCCAGGAGCAGCUGAGUACUGUUACUGCAGAUAUGGUAAUGCUAACAACUGAUGAAGAGAAAGCAAAGUCGGCAAAGAAGUCUCCAGAACGUGAGGUUAAGGUUCAUGAGAAUGGCUCUAAAAGCAACGGCAGCCAAGAAGGGCUUGUUCACGAGAUAAAGGCGCAUCUGAAAAAGGGGUCUUCUCCAAGCCAGCUGAAAUCCUACUUGAGUUCACUCUCUGGGACAUCUCAAGAAGUUAUGAACGCCCUGUUUGCUGCCCUGUUUGAGGGGGUCGAGAAAGGUUUUUCUAAAGAGGUAACCAAAAGGAAGAAAUAUCUCGCAGCAGCCACUCAAGAGGAGGGAUCACAAAUUGUUUUGCUUCAUGCGAUUGAGUCUUUCUUUGCUAAGUUGAGCCCCGAGGCAACAAAAGAAGUAUCAUUGGUUCUGAAAGUGCUGUAUGACAAUGAUGUGCUGGAAGAGGACUUUAUCCUUGCAUGGUACCAGAAGGGCCUGAGUGGCAGCAACAAAAACUCGGCAGUUUGGAAGUAUGUCAAGCCUUUUGUGGAGUGGCUUGAGAAUGCAGAGUCGGAAUCAGAGGAGGAAUGACGCCUCAGAAGUGUCUGCAGUUUCUAUUGCGUUGGAGUCUUAAAGAGUAUCAAGUAUCCUUUCAUGGAAUAAAGAUUGUUGUCAUGUGAGUGACUAUUAGUAUCUGGUUUUGUUUUUUUCUUUCCAGAAUUUAAUAUCUUGUUCGAUUGUCAUUGUUCUUCUUCUGUUUGGUCUUAUUGUCACAGCUUAUUAUGUUCCCCAUCUGGAUUUACGUUUUCUGCCUGAUUAAUACCAGUUUGAUUUCGGUGUUAAA